AUGAAAAGGGGGAGAUCCUGGACUCCAGCGGUGUCUGGCAGCGAAGGCGAGAGAAUUAUCCAGCUCCAGUCUUUGGAUGAUGUUGCCGUGAAAACCGAAGAUGCUUCGCCGUCGCUGAAGGAUCGGGGCUAUGAAAAGCGCCUGGCGGCCUGCGCGGCAGCCUACGCAGCAGUUAUGCUCUCCGGGCCUGUUAAGGCCGAGCUGCGAGACAAGACGCUGAUUCUCACACCAUUGCAGGGCGAGUGCAGCAAUGAAGUCUCCGACUUCGACGUGGUGGAAGUGGUCGGAACCGAUGCCCAGGUGGCGCAGCAACGGAUCGUCCGCUACCGCGCAAUCAUGGGGAUGCUCAUACAGCGCUGUGUCCUGAAGGAAGUGGAGAUGUCGGAACGUUCAUUAACAGGGGCGAACGAUGUUAUUGCCAAAUAUGCCCUCUCUGGGAACAUAUGGAUGGAGGCUUUUCUGAAGUUCGUGGCCGUCGCGUUGGUAGCUGUUGUCUCCAAUGAGAGCGGCCUCAAGCUGUCCGUGGCCAUCGCACUCUUCGCUGCAGCUAACAUUGCGCUCUCGCAGCCCUACAUGCAAAAGCAGGUGAACAUACUGCAGUGCUUCGGUUUCUUGUGCCUGGCGUGUGCCGCUGUGGGCUUCCACCAGCGCUGGGCCUGGCUCACCCGCAGCACCCUCGUGCUGCCCUUCCUGCUGGCAGCCGCUCUGUCGUUGCACCCUGACAGCCCUGCCAUGCUGGCAUCGCGGCUCUUUAAGGAGAUAUGUUCGCAGUUGGACGACCUUCAAGCAGGAAAGUCCAUCCAGCUGAACGUGGAACUGGCAAACUUCAUCUGA